AUGGAUUCAUCUGAUGACAAAGAAGAGGAAGUUCAUUGCUCUGAAACGACUUUAUGCAAGGAACAAGAGGGCAAGAGGAAACAACAGAAACAAGAACCCGAUCCAAGCUGUCUGUCCUUCAAAAGCAGCUGCUCAAAAGAUGCAAUUAUUUAUCUUAAUAUAGAUCAACCUUCAGAUGCAAAGAGACUUGACCAGAGCUCUGAAGUUGGUCAACCUCCCCAUGAGUAUCAAAAGCAACUGGGCUCCAUAUUUAUGGAACUGGAGAAAAAGAUUGUGAUGUUUGUAAAGGACGAGCUGAAGGAGAUCCAAAAGGUCUUGUGUUCAGAUUACCCCAAAUGUUCACAGGGUCUGGAAGAGGAUGAAGAGAUGUCUGGAAAUGAACAUGAAAAGCAGAGCAGCCGCAGAAGCAGCAGUAGAGAGGCCUUUUUAAAGAUCACUGUUGACUUCUUGAGAAUGAUGAAUCUGGAUGACCUGGCUGACCUUCUGCAGAGCAAAUCAUUCAUCACAUGUCAACAAACACUAAAGUCUAAUCUUAAGAAGAAGUUCCAGUUUGUGUUUGAAGGAAUCACUAAAUCAGGAAAUCAAACCUUUCUGAAUCAGAUCUACACAGAGCUCUACAUCACAGAGGGAGGAUCUGGAAAGGUCAAUGAUGAACAUGAGGUCAGACAGAUUGAAUCAGUGUCCUGGAAACCAGACAGACCAGAAACAACAAUUAGACAUGAAGACAUAUUUAAACCCUCACCUGGAAGAGAUGAACCAAUCAGAACAGUGAUGACAAAGGGAGUGGCUGGCAUUGGAAAAACAGUCCUGACCCAGAAGUUCACUCUGGACUGGGCAGAAGACCAAACCAACCAGGACACCCAGUUCACUUUUCCAUUCACAUUCAGAGAACUGAAUCUGUUAAAAGAUGAACAGUUCAGCUUGCUGCAGCUUGUUCACCACUUUUUUAGUGAAACCAGAGGAAUCUCCAGAUUUGAAGAGUUAAAGGCUGUGUUCAUCUUUGAUGGCUUGGAUGAGAGUCGACUUCCACUGGACUUCCACAACAAUGAGAUCCUGACAGAUGUAAGAAAGUCCACCUCAGUAGAUGUUCUUCUGACAAACCUCAUCAGAGGGAACCUGCUUCCCAAAGCUCACCUCUGGAUAACCACACGACCUGCAGCAGCCAAUCGGAUCCCUGCUGAGUGUGUUGGCAUGAUGACGGAGAUCAGAGGAUUCACUGACCCACAGAAAGAUGAGUACUUCACUAAAAGGUUUAAAUCUAAGGAGCAGGCCAGAAUGGUAAUCUCCCACAUAAAGAAAUCCAGAAGCCUCCACAUCAUGUGCCACAUCCCAAUCUUCUGCUGGAUCACUGCUACAGUUGUGGAAAACAUGUUGAACAAGAGCAAUAGAGAAGAUCUGCCAAAGACCCUGACUGAGAUGUACAUUCACUUCCUGGUGGUUCAGACCAAACUGAAGAUCAUCAAGUACGAUGGAAGAGCUGAGACAGAUUCAAUCUGGAGUCCAGAGAGUCGGAAGAUGAUCGAGUCUCUGGGAAAACUGGCUUUUGAACAAUUACUGAAAAGAAACCUGAUCUUCUAUGAAUCAGACCUGACAGAGUGUGGCAUCGAUAUUAGAGCAGCUUCAGUGUGUUCAGGAGUUUUCACACAGAUCUUCAGAGAAGAGAGAGGGCUGUACCAGAACAAGGUGUUCUGCUUUGUCCACCUGAGUGUUCAGGAGUUUCUGGCUGCUCUUCAUGUUCACCUGACCUUCAUUGAAUCUAGAGUCAAUCUGCUGGAAAAAGAUGAAACGAAAUCCAAGGAAUUGGAAAAAAGAAACCAUGAAUCUUCAGAGACAGACAUCUACAAAAAUGCUGUGGACAUGGCCCUAAAGAGUCCAGAUGGACACCUGGACUUGUUCCUCCGGUUUAUACUUGGUCUUUCACUGGGGACCAAUAAGCGUCACUUAGGAGGCCUUGUGAGACCGAGAGAAGAAAGUUUAACAGCUAAUAAAGACACAGUCCAGUACAUCAAGGAGAAGUUGAAUAACAAAUGUGUUGAGAAAAGCAUCAAUUUUUUCCACUGCCUGAAUGAACUAAAUGAUCAGUCUCUGGUGGAGGAAAUCCAACAAUCUCUACAAACAGGACGUCUUUCAACACAGCAGCUGUCUCCUGCUCAGUGGUCAGCUCUGCACUUCAUCCUACUUUCAUCAGACAAAGGUCUGGAGACAUUUGACCUUAAAAAAUACUUUGCUACAGAGGAAGCUCUACUGAAGCUGCUGCCAAUAGUCAAAGCCUCCAGUAAAGCUAUACUGAGUGGGUGUAACCUCUCAGAGAGAAGCUGUGAAGCUCUGUCCUCAUUGCUCAGCUCAACAACGUCUAGUCUCAGAGAUCUGGACCUGAGUAACAAUGACCUGAAAGAUUCAGGAGUGAAGCUGCUGUGCAAUGGACUGAUGAGUCCUAACUGUGAAUUGGAGAUUCUCAGGCUUUCAGGCUGCCUGAUCACAGAGAAAGGCUGUGCUGCUCUGGCUUCAGCUCUGACUGUGAACUCGUCUCACCUGAAGGAGCUGGACCUCAGCUACAAUAAUCCAGGAGACGCAGGAAAGGAGUUUCUGGCAGCUUUACUGAAGAAUCCAAGCUUCAAACUGGAGUCUCAAAGCAUGGAGCCUGCAGGAGAAAGAUGGCUGACACCAGGUCUGAGGAAGUAUUCCUGUCCACUAACAGUCGACCUGAACACUGUAAGCAGAUUCCUCAAACUGUCUGACGAAAACAGGAAGGUGACACGUGUGGAAGAGGAGCAGCCAUAUCCUGAUCAUCCAGACAGAUUUGAUGUCUGUCAGCUGCUUUGCGCCAAUAGUUUGACUGGUCGCUGUUACUGGGAAUUAGAGUGGAGUGGGAAAAUCUAUGCAUCACUGAGUUACAAGGGAAUCAAUAGAAAAGGARUCAAUGACRACUSCUGGUUYGGACUUAAUGAUAAGUCCUGGAUGGUAGUCUGCUCUGAUGAUGGUUAUACCUUUUGGCACGAUGGAAAAAAAGCCUUCAUCCCUGAUCCCUCCAUCUCCUCUUCCUCCUUUGCCUCUGGCAGAGUAGCUGUGUUUGUGGACUGUCCUGCUGGGACUCUGUCCUUCUACAGAGUCUCCUCAGAGACACUGAUCCACAUCUACACCUUCAACACCAAAUUCACUGAAACUCUUUAUCCUGGAUUUACAUGCAGGAAUUGUUCUCUGGGGUCUUGGCUCUUGUUUUAGAGUAAUCUUUUCUAAGUUAGAGGAAAUCUAACUUUACAUGUGUUUCAUCCAAGAUGUGGUUUCAGAUUAACAUUCUUUGUAAAACUGAGUUUAAACAGCAUAAAUAAUCACAAAGUGCUUCACUUUAAACACUGUAGUCUGCAGGAACUCCAGUAUCAACCUCCUGUUGUAUUGCCGAUGCUCUCACAUCUUUCCUGUACCUGUCCACCAGACUGAAAUCCGACUUCCCAGACAGGGGGUCAUCGUCACUUCCUAUUUUGGCGAGGAAUUCCUGCAGGGUUUAGAACACGUCUCGUGUGUUUGUCAAGAUUUAGAUACAGUUUCAAUCUUAUGUUGGAGGAGCCACCUAAUAAUCUUCAGUUUUUUCUGAGUGGACGGGGCUUAAGUGAUGUCAUUAAACUACCACACCAGUAUGUGAAGCAGUGAAGCUCCCUGAUGAUGCACAAAAAACCUGGUGCAGAUCGGAUGAUGUAUUAUGGAGAUAUAACUGUUGGAAUAAUUCAAGGAGUCAACUUUUAAUGUAGACCUAAUGGCCUCUUAAGAGGUUAACUAUGGUCAUUUAUUUAUUUGGUGGAAAUUGGAUGAUGCAUGUGUGAUUUAGAGCCAACUGUAUGUAAACUUCAUGGGAUUAUAAUUCGUCAUUCUACAACAGCAACAUGCUGCAGCCAUAGCUGAGAGAAGGAUUCAGCAUCAUGUUGUUCUGUCGUUGGACUCAGGUCUAAAUUGGUAUGAAUCAAACAGUAAAAUUAUGACCACAAAACAGGUAACUUCCUGUUCGAAGGGUGCGGGGCUAAGGUGAUGUCACAUAUUGACCAUGUAAAUGUGAUCAAUGCUGGUCUGUCAUGACGCAUAGAAAGUCUGAAGCAGCUGUGAGCUUGUGUGUGGAAGUGAUUCCAUCUUGACAUUUAAGUUUCUGAAGAGUUGCACAGAGACUGUAGCAUAAUGGCAGUAGCUAAUGUAACUUGUACUAUUUACUGAAGUCUUUUUAUAACUGGGUAGUCCUAGGAGUGACAGACG